AUGGCCAAGUCUAUCCAUGUAUGGCUUGUGGAGGAAUCCGUUUUCGAAUAUGACAGCGGACCGGGUCCGUUGACGGGCCGAGUGAGUGUAGAUGCUCCAAAUACCCAAAGAAGGGAUGUCAAUAGUGGAACACGAAAGGACCAUGAUUAUCGUCAAAGAUUUGCGGCAAAACCAGCCAUAUUACGUGUUGCGCCCGUAACUUGUCUUUCAGAUGAUCCCGGCGAGAGAGCAUCCAAGGUAGCCAUCGAAAAUACAAAAUAUGCCGGCAAGUAA